CUGUGUCCGUAGCGGGCGCAGGGACCUCUUGGGUGGCCUCCCCUUCGCUGGUUUAGUGCCCCGGCGAAUGCCCGCUGCCCCUCUCUGGCCCAGUCGAAGAUGCUUUCAAAACUGUCCCCUUCCCCCAAACAUGGGGGCAGUGUUGAGUUCGAGGGCAGACUACAGAGCUGUUCUUGACGCGAGGACUGAAUCCCGGCUUGUUUUAAAAAGAAAGCUGAGCGGGACUUAAUAUUGAGGGUGGAAUGUGGAAAGAAAGAAGACAGAUGAAGGGAUGGGAGUAGAUGGAGGCGGGGUUGCUAUAGUAGAAGAGAAUAAUGUUUUGUACUCCUCUAAAAAUAUGAGCUAGGGAGAUUGUAUGAUAAAGUGUGUCUGUAAGCACUCUUAAAUUAUAGGUCGUUUGUAAAAGGCUUCUGAUCUUUAGAGUUGUCACUGUAUUUAUACAAUUAUUUUAAAAGACUUGAGAUGUUGAUUUACAACUCUUAACAGCUGAAUCUGUUCAGACAGCGUCCCAAAGCAGAAUACACUGAAGUGUCUAAGAAGCCUUUGCCAUUAUUUAAAAGCAGCAUGAAUGUAAGUAUGUUCUGAUUACAAAUAUAAAGGUAUGCUAAUUAUAUUUCUCCUUUUUUGAGUUAGUCAAAGAAAUGCUUCUUAUAUUAAGUAUGUAUUCUUCAGAAAUAUUCUGAAGAAAACAUUCCAAUUCCCACCCACUUCCCUACAAUUCAAAUAUUCGUACUUUCUAGGUGACUUACUAGGCCAAGUCAAAGGUCAUAAAAUAAUAUUCAUACAUUCAAAUUCUCUAACUUUCUUCAUCAGGCAAGAUGGUAAACAAAGCAAAAAAGCAGGGGAGUGGAAGAAAGCAACUGAUAUUCUAACCAGGGAGCCUGCAUUUGGUUCCAGUCUUAAGUUGGACAGUAAGAGGAUGGUGCAAAUAUUAUAAUUAAGAUGUAGCAGGUAAGAGAUAGUUUUAUGUUGCACCUCAGACCAUCCCAAGAGUUGUUGGACAGGAAAAACAAGACAGUGGUUGAUCCUUUUUCAGAAAAUAGAAAUUUACCCAAUAGUUUUCUUCACUCCUAAGCAAAAUAUAGGUCCCAUAAUAGGUAGAGGAAAAAAUAGUAAAUGGAAACUAGAUGAUUGAUUGAUUGAUUGAUUACAUUUCUGCACCAUCCAUUAGCCAGAAUGACUCUCUGGGUGGUUUACAAUGACAUAACAACAGCAUAUACAGUAAAAUGAUGGAAAUAAUCUAACCUAUCUUAAAAAUAACAAGACAAUAAAAUCCUAGCAUUCAGAUUAAUCUAAAGGCAGAGUAGGACUAAAAUACAAAUACAUACCAUAAAAUAUCCUUAAAAAUUAUCUUUACUCUUUUUGAUGUGCUGUAUUUUAAUAGUUGAGACAAGGCGCCAGGCAAACCUCUUUGCGAAAUUGAUUCCAAAGUCAAGGUGCCAGCUGAAAAGGCCCUUCUCCUUGUAGCCACACUCUUAGUUUCCUUCCAAGAGGGCUCUCUGAGAAAGACCUCAGAUGAACUUAAGGUCUGGGUAGGCUCAUAUAGGAAGAGGUCAUCCUUUAGAUAACCUGGCUCCAAGCUGUUCAGGGCUUUAAAUAUUAACACUUUGAAUUGGGCCUGGACUUCAACUGGUAACCAAUGAAGGUGAUAAAGGACUGGCAUUAGAUGUUCAUAUUGGCCAGUCUUCAUCAGCACACUUGCUGCCCUAUUCUGGACCAAUUGGAGUUUCCAGACCAUCUUCAAAAGCAGCCCUGCAUAGAUGGAAAUGUUAUAAUCAUCUGAAUGAGAAGUUACCAGAGCAUGGAUUGCUGUUGCUAGGUUCUUCCUGUCCAGAUAGGGUUGUAGUUGGUGAAAUAAAAGGUGUUCUGGGCCACCAAAUCCACCUGAAAUUCCAGUGAUAAUUCAGGGUCCAGGAGUUUCCCCAAAUGAUGAACCUUGUCCUUUAGGGAGAGAGCAACCCUGUCCAGGACAAGUGUAAUAUCACUUAUCUGGACAGAAGAUUCCCCCACCAACAGCACCUCUGUCUUGUCUGGAUUAACCUUCAGUUUAUUGGCCCUCAUCCAAUCCAUUACUAGGCCAAACAUUGUUUCAGAACAGGAACUGCCUCACCUGCGUUAAAUGAAAAAGAGGUGGAGCUGAGUGUCCUCAACUUACUGCUGUCAUAUCAGCCAACACCUCCAGAUAACCUCCCCCAGCAGUUUCCUGUAGAUGUAGACUAGUGUGGGUCGUAAGAUAGAGCCCUACAGAACACCUUGGUAUAAAUGCCAUGGUGCUGAGCAAUAAUCCCCCAGCACUACCUUCUGGAAUUGGCCAGUCAAGUAGGAGCAGAGCUACUGCGAUGCAGUCCUUCCUACUCCCAACUGAGCUAGCCUACCCAGGAAGAUACCAUAGCUGAUGGUAUCAAAAACUACUGAGAGGUCCAGGAGAACCAACAUGGUCAAGGCCGUCUUUCUCCUGGCAAAGGUCAUCCCACAGUGCAAUCAAGGCAUUCUCUGCUCUGAACCAGGUCUGAAUCCCCAAUUGAAAUGGAUCAAGGUGGUAUAUUUCAUCCAAGUGUGCUUGGAACUGUUCAGUUACUACCUGUGCAAACACCUUGCCCAGGAAGGGAAUAUUGGCCACCAACCUUUAGUCAUUGUUUUCCAGGUCCAGGUUUAUUGGUGUUAAUUCUCCAUGUUGUGCUAAGGUUAAAUUUAGCAAAUUUCAGGCCUGCAUUGCCCUAAUUAAAAUAUCCGGGCUGUGUAUGGUUUAGCUGUACUGAAAAUGUUAACAACGCCUAUAAGAAGAGAACUGCUGUAUCUAGGGCAAUGAAUUUGCUACCCCAGACCUGUUCCUUCUGAUGAAUUCACUGGUAUAUCAAAAAGGGGAGGCAAAUAAGGAAUACACAAAAUAAAGAGCAGGUAGUCCCCAGGUUAUGAACAACCCAUACUUAUGAAUGAGCAAAACGAGAAGACCUGCCUCAUCCUUGAGCGGCAAGCAGACACCCGCAGGCAGCAAGCGUUUGGCAGUGAAGGAAGGAAGGAAGGGAAGAAUAGGAAGGAAGGAGAGAUAGGGAAGGAAGAGGUGGGUGGGGGAAGCAGUGUUGGCAAGCAGUGAAGUCAGAACUAAAAAGUGACUCUAACCCCUUCCAGCAGCACAAUCAAACCCUGACUGUGUAGCACCAGGGCCAUCCUCUCCAACACUAGUUCCAUCUCCAUCAUCAUUCAGUUAAUGUUAGGCUUAAUGUUAGUUCAAGAAGUGUUAACUUUUAAUAAUCUUUUAACUAUUUUUUCUCUAUCUAAACUGUUUUAAGAACUGUACUGCCUACCUGCACACAUACAUACAUAGUCUCUCUCUUAUCUGCAGUUAAUUUAUUGUUACUGCAUUAUUAUCAUUAUUAAAAUGAUUGUGUUUAAGAUGUUUUAGCAUAUAUGGAAGUAUUGUUUUAUAUACUUUCUAUAUACGUUAUCCGACCUACAUACAAAUUCAACUCAAGGAUGUUCUUAGGAACAGAACUUCGGUAACCCUGGAACUACCUGUACAUUAAAUAUCCUAAGAACAAGUUAUCUCACUAUAGGAGACAGUAACAAACAAAUGAAUAUGCAAUAAGAAUGUGCAUGGCACCAGUCAGCUGUAUUCAGAUACAGCCUUAUUUUUAGUCACUUCAGUAAUUUUCUAAUAUAUGUACCCUAUCCUUUAUUUCAUACUGAACAGACUAACUUCCUGUGGUCAUCUCAUGUACAAGAAUACAAAGUUUAUUGCUAAGUGGUUAGAAAUUAAUGGAGAUCUGAACUUCAGAAAAUUAAUAAAUGGCUUAGAGUGUCCAGAAAGUCUAAAAUAUGACUUUAACAAAAACGGUGAGCUUAGGCACAUAGAUACCAAUCAACCUUUUAUUUUUCAUUACCAAAACUCCUAUGAUAGUAAUCACAAACGUUACAAAAUUCUUGGACACUUAAUUACUCAAUAUGUUUAUGAGAUCCUAGAAAAGGCUUGCAAGUUGCAGAAGAUCCACAUCCCAAUAGAUGCUCCAGGCAAUGAAUUUCAUAGUUCGUUUUUUAUGAGUGAGAAUGCAAUAACUAACUGCCCAGCUACAGUUGUCCUUCUUCAAGACCGAGGGCCCUUUCGUGCAGGUCAGUGGGGGCAGAAGACUAUAAUUCAUGAAGGCCUCCAACAUGGAUCCCAAGUACCAUUCAUUACAAUGGCUCUACAGUGCUCUUGGGGGGUGAUCGUUUUAAACCCCAAUGACAAUUUCACUGAUCCAAAGACAGAAUCAGAACGUUUAAACCUCUCUGAGAAAGAAGACACCACUUGUCCUCUACAGACAAUUCCAAAGCGAGAUAGCUGUACUCCUGAAGAGCAUACAACCUAUGUUUGGGACCACUUCAUUUCAAAGACCCCAACUAGAAAUGUAGCUUUCAUUGUCCAUGGCUAUGGGGGAUUGGUCUUUGUCAACUUACUCAUGCAGAGAACUUUGGAAGUGAUGGACAAAGUGUAUGCUGUUGCGUUUGUUGAUUCCACGCACCAUACUGUGCACCAGACACAAAGAGAUUCACAGGUGCAGGCAUGGAUAUGGAAGCACUGCCGAAAGUGGGUAUCAGAUUGUAAACCAUUAGAUAAGUCAGCUGGUUGUUUUGUGAAAAGGGAUUGCCCAACUGUCUCUACAGGAACUGAAAAGUACAGCCUGGCCCCUUCUUCUAGUCUGCAGUCCAUUUUCAAAUACCUUAAGAAUGCAUUGAAAACAGGCACGAAAGAAUGUUUCAUUCGUUCACCCAUUGCAACAAGGAGCAAAAAAAAUCUGAAAAAAAUAAGUAUAUGACUUUUUUCUUUAAUCAGUAAAGUGCAUUAGAUGCUUAUGUUUGCUUCUGAGACAUAUUUCAUCCAAAUACGGAGCAAUUCCUUUUACUGUUGAUGCUUUGAAAAGUCUAAUUUUAAUUAGUUUGUCUUAUUUCAAUUUCUGAAAAGUGUGAAUGCUGAAAUUCCUUAAGUGUUGUUUGUUUGUUUUUUUACAGUUUUACAAAAAGUCCGGUUUAUGGCAAAGCUCAUCCUUUACUUUGAAAAAAAUAAAUCUCAUACUAUCAAAUAAAAUCCUGAAUAUGGAUUAUUUAACCAAGUCCUUCAGCCUCCCCAUUGCAUCACUGUAGUUUGACUUAA